AUUUCAAUAAAAAUGGUUUCUAGUGCAAAUUGCUAAAACGGCAAAAAGUUUAGGGUAAAAUUAGUAUUUACAUAAAAUCACAUAAAUUUGAAAAUCUUAAUUGAGCUAACAAAAAUUUCGGUCUCUCCAUGGCGAGUUCAGCAUCUUCUUCCUCAACUGCUACGGACCCAAAACUCGAUCUCAUAAAAAAGAUUAGAAGCCAUGAAGUUGCUUUGGCAGAGCUCAAUAAUCUUUCUUCCUCUCGGGGUGUCUAUCAAAAAAAUGGGAACCUUUUCUUUCGUACAACUAUCCGAAAGGCAACAGCAUCUGAACAGAAGCAGCUUGAUUCAGCUAAAGCCAAUCUAGGGAAGCUGAACUCUCGUUGACUACCAUUUGGUUCGUUUGCUUCAAAACUCGACUAAUAUCUUUCUUCGCAGUAGCACCGCCAUUUCUGAUCACAAAGUGCCGGGUACCUGAGUUUAGCCUCCUUCAAAUGCCACAAUGCAUUUAAAAAAAUGUAAAGAUGUGUGCUUGAAAUGGUCAUCUUGUUAAGUUCUGGAAAAAUUUGUCAGAAGUUGAAACAUUUUGUAUUUUGUUCUUACUUAUAAUCCAGUUUACUUGUCGUAA